GCCCGACAUGGCGGCGGCCGCUGCUGCCUUCUCCGCUGCCUCUUCCUCCUCCUCCUCCUCCUCCUCCGUGCUGCGCCCGGGCUUGGCGCCGCUGAGGCGAUGGCCAGCCCUCCCGCUGCCGCCGCCCCGGGCCGCCAGCAGCUCCCCUCGCCGCGCUGCCAGUGAUGAAGCAACCAUUAUCUCAGGGACAAAGCUUGCUAAACAAGUUUUGAAAGAAGUUCAAAGGGAUGUAGAAUCAUGGAUAUCCUUUGGAAACAAGAGACCUCAUCUUACUGUUGUAUUAGUAGGAGACAAUCCAGCUAGUCAUAUCUAUGUGAGAAACAAGAUAAAAGCAGCUGCAGCUGUGGGCAUUUCUAGUGAGAUCAUACUGAGGCCUAAAGACAUUUCUCAGGAAGAACUCUUAGACAUGACGGUAAAACUCAACAAAGAUGCAACAGUUAGUGGUUUAUUAGUUCAGCUACCUCUCCCAGAUCACAUCGAUGAACGAACCGUUUGUAACGCUAUCGCACCUGACAAGGACGUGGAUGGGUUUCAUAUUAUGAAUAUUGGACGUUUGUGUCUUGAUCAGCCUUCUGUCAUACCUGCCACUGCUGCUGCCGUGUGGGAGAUUAUAAAACGGACAGGAAUACAGACAGUUGGAAAAAACGUUGUAGUAGCUGGAAGAUCUAAGAAUGUUGGAAUGCCUAUUUCAAUGCUUUUACAUAGUGAUGGAGAACAUGAAAGGCCUGGAGGUGAUGCCACAGUGACCAUUACUCACAGAUACACACCAAAAGAGCAGCUCAAGAUCCAUACACAGCUCGCUGACAUUGUUAUAGUAGCUGCAGGUAUCCCAAAGUUGAUCACAACUGAUAUGGUCAAAGAAGGUGCAGCUGUGAUUGACGUAGGCAUCAACCAUAUCCAUGAUCCUCUUACAGGAAAGACCAAAUUAGUUGGGGAUGUAGACUUUGAAGCAAUGGGGGCACUGAGUGAAGAGUCAGCUAUUACUGUUUCAUCCCUCAGCACAGACUUAUGGAAUAAUUGGACAAAAAACAACGCUGAAGUAGACUACACAGAGCAGCCAAAGCUCUUGAAGCUGAUGCAGACCUGCCUUGAGGAACACCACAGUUAUUGUAUCAAUGGACUCUGUGCUUUCCACAGUGAAUUGAGGAAACCCAUAUGCAAGUGCCUUGCAGGUUAUAACGGAGAGAGGUGUGAACAUUUAACACUGAAUUCAUACGCACAUAAUUCUUACGAGCGCUACAUUGCUGUGGGAAUUGGUGUGGGAAUUCUGACGAGUGGGAUACUUGCCAUCAUCUACUGCUACGUAAGGAAGAGGUGCAGAAAAUUGAAAUCACCCUACAAGGUCUGCGUGGGCGAGACGGCGUUGUGAAGGUCCGGCAUUGGGACAGUCACCAGUUGCCUAUGGAGGAGAGGAGGCUCUGCUGGGCAGGCCACCCCGUGCCCUCUGGCAGGAACCCCAGCCUCGCUGAUGGGAUGAAAUAAAGGGAAUGGCAGAGCAAGUACAUAAAAGGAACUCCUGCAGAACUGACAGGCUCCGACGACUUUUGAAGAAAGACUUCCUCCUUUUGGUUGCUUAGAUGAGCAGGUCCAAACAGCUAUGGAUACUCGCAGCCCUCUCAACGCUCUCCUGUGGUUGGUACUUGCCGAGGGGAGGACUGGUUGGUUUUAGCUGUUGUCAGUCAUUUCAAGCCUUAGUACAGUGUUCUCUCUUCUGUCUUGAUUUGGUUUUUUCUUCGUUUUUUCUCCUCUGGAGAAAAAUCACAACCUGUCUCACAAGGGAGUUGUAUUCUGAGCAUCAUGUGCUGACGAGAAACCCUUUGGGUUCUGAUUUCAGUGUCUUGCUCCCUAUGUGUGUGGCUGAACAGCCCCCUCCCAGCACAGGGGUUAGCUUCAAUGUGCUCAGCAAAGGACAGGCUUCUUUUGCCAUUAAGGGCAAAAGCAUAAAAUGCUUUGGACUGAGGAAGAUGGAUGGUUCUCAAAAGCUUACCUAAACUUAGCAGCAGGGAGUGAGCAAUACCUGGAAAAUGAGAACAUGGCAUCUCUGGGUGUGGCAAGUUCUUGCUCUUUUCAUAAGCAAAGGAAUCAAACUUAUUUCUCACAAUGGAUUAUUGAGUGUGCUCGUGACAAAGAACCCUACUCUUCCCUGACAUCAUAAAGCAGCUCAUCAGGAUUCACAGAACUUCAGGCAUUGCCUCUUGCUGUACCAUGAUUUCAGCACAAGACUUUAGUUGCUAGAGAAGCUGGGAUUUUGUUAUGAAACUACAGCGUAGCUUUGCCCAGGAAACGGACUCUUUGUCCUGUUUUCACGCCGUGUGCACAGUGUGACCACUCAAAUAAGAGAGAAAUGACCAUAGGGAUUUUAUUGGGCAAACGUUACAUCCCAGAUGCUUUUCUUCAUCCUGUCUAUGAAGAAUUGCAAAGGUAAAAGGAUUUUGUUCAAGGAGAAGAGAAGAAAAUCGGUUCUGAAGACGGUGGCACUAACUGUGACUUCUCACUGGCAGCUGGAGUGUUUGCCAGUGCUGAUGAGACUGCAGGUGGCUCUAAGAGUUACUCAUUUCAGCUGUUGCACAUUGUAGAUGCAUCUGCUAUGCUUAGUCAUCUGUGAGAAAAAAGCAGUUAGGUACUUUGUGAUUUGAUGGAAUGAUACAGGCUCCUAAAUCUAAGUGUCCUGGGAAGCUCCAUUUCUCUGUUAGUGCAAGUUAAUUUUCACAGCAGGAGGCUUGUCCUUUGUUGAAAAGACCCCGUGUAUUUGUGAGACUACAAUGAUAAUGCUGAAAUUUGUAUGAAAGACUGGAUUUUGAAAGGGUAAAUGUACAUUUGGAACUCAAGUGGUCUGAAGUUUAGUGGGCUUGUCACACAGGGGAACUCUGGUCAGUAACUGAGUCAUCUUGGCUCUCUGUUUGAUACCAAUAAAUAAAACAACACGUCACACACUGGUUCAAGUCCCUGUGAACAGACUGGAGCAAGCAACAGGUGCAUAGACAGAAAGGAUGGUUGGUGAGGAGCUGGAUGGAGGCAGACCCAGUCCUUUCCUCUACACCUUGACAUGAGCAUUUUCUAAGAGGCACUGAGCUGAUUUCCAACUCAGCCUUUUUGUUUUCUGCAUCUCAAGUUACGUCUUCAGAUCUCUGUAUUGUUGCCUCCUUUCCAUUCUUCUGACCUUUUCUUAUUGUCCACUGAGAUACAACUUCUGCUCUUCAUGACUUUAAAGUCAGCUUUCAGUAGCUGCCCUACCAUUUUCUGUGCCACAUGUCCACAGUCUGUGCAUCUGCACACAGACACAAAACACACACGCUGGACAGACUGAACAGAAACACCUGUUAGGAACACACAUCAGGAAAACACAGGUGAGACCUUUCUCAUGGACCUUGGAGAAAACUUGAUAGCUACACAGGCUGAAGGAUGAGAAACCUGAAAGCUUCAGUCGUGUGAGUGAAUCUCCCCUGCAGUGAAUUGUCUCUUCCUGCAGACACACUGCAAGUGUUGUGUUCCCCUCUAGAGGAGCAACCCUUCUGCAUCACAGAGCUGUGUUUUGGAGCAGGCAUACACAGUAGCACAAUGUGCUCAGCUCUAUAUUCUGUUGGUAAAGGAGUCCUAAGGGCAGGAAUUUGAACAACUGGACUUUCACUUGUCCAAAGAAAGCCCUUUCUGUACCAGUGGCCAAGAAGGUGCCUUGCAUGAUAUGCGAGUACUUCUUCAGAGGUUUUUUUCUCAUUGCAGUGAGGCACCUAUAGAAACACACUUUUCUUUUAAAUGUUUGAUCAAACGUAACUGGAAAGCAGGGUUUAUUUCAAGGCCACAAUUUUGCAGGAGAUGAAAUAGUGAAAAUUUUUUUUCUAGUAUGCUUUCUGGUCCAAGACAGCUUUGGAAGGGCUGGCAGUGACAGUUUCAGAGAUUUUCACGCUAAUGGAAGAAAAGCUUCAUAGGGAAACACCAGAUGAGUCUGUGCCAUGCAAAAUGGAACCUUGUGUAAGGGCAGAAUGAGAAUAAAAAGGAAAGAUGAAGAUGUGAAGAAGGAAGGAAAAGGAGGUUUUUGCUUUAUUUUAGUUUGGGUUUUUUUUCCAAGUGGUAUCGAGGCUUCUAGAAGUGGGUUCCUCAUUAGCUGGGUGCUGUACAACCUUCAUGCUGAAGUCCAACCUUGGAGAAGGCUCCCAGCUUCUUAAACAUCCAAGGCUGGUGACAUCAACACAGAUGACAGCUUCCUCCACUGGUCUGCAGUGUCUGCAGGCUGUAGCCCAUGUGGGAGAAGAGUGUUGUCGCUGCAGUUUUAAGGCUUUUCAUCAGGCCCAAGCUGUGUUUGAGGCAUCACUGCAGGGAUGAAUCACUCUGCUGUUUGAGGCAGUGACCUGGCUGAGGAAGUCUUGCCUUGCCUCACAUUGCUCCGUGGAGUCAGCCAUGCUGAGCCCUGCCUUGAUAAGUGACAGAUGCUACUGGGCUAGUAUGGUGUGUUGCUGCUUACAGUGCUGAAUUUCCUGCAGAACUGGCCUGUCGGAGGCUCAGGAUCAUCUUUCCUGGCUCAUUUAUCAACCUCAGACUCCUUCCGUAAUGGCAUAAUUAACAGAGUUGUACGCUUCUGCUUCCUAUUAGCUGCACGUGCCAAAAAUUGUCAUUUCAAGAGGACACCCUGUGUGCCUGUGGCUUUUAGGCAGUCCUGCCUCAGCUUUGACAUGUCACCAGCUCAGCAGGGCCGAGAGAGACUUUAAAGACUGGGACCUGCCUUUCUGAAGGGCAGAGCAACUUGCCCUGUGUGUGAUCCUGGCUGGUGGAGCCAUACUGGCUUUUCCUGCAGCACAUCUCUCCAGCCUAGUUGCCCUGCAGCCACCCAGCCCUCUGCCUGCUUCACUGGCAUCUGCAGUCACCCUGCUUGGCUGUGCCUUCAAUACCUCCCCUGCAUUCAGCACCCAUUUUCUGUUGAAGUGUGUGGGUGGCCAGCAGCUUACCUGAUCCCAGAGGGGGCUUUUUAAAACGCAUCUCCACACUUCUGUAGAGCUAAGAAAAUGCUCCCAAAAUAAGAAGCAUAAUUUGUUACCUAUUGCAAGGAGUCCUGGGCACAACAGUGAUCCCGUUAUGUGGGCCUGGUGAAAUGGAGAAC